UCCAUUAUUAUUAUAUAUAGAGAUGGUUUUUGCAAUUUUAUUUCCAUAAAUAUUUAUUUUUGGUUGCUCAGAAAGUCUGUGUGCGAGAGAGAGACAGAGAGAGAACUCGUAAGUUUUCGUUUUCGGGUGUGGACGCCAAAGCUGAGUUGUGUUUGAGAUGGAGCCACUUCAUUCAGAUGAUAAUGAUGCCAUGGAAGGUUCGUCCCCGUAUCUACAUGGAAUUAAUGGAGAGCCCCAGCUGCUUCCUCGUGUUGGAGAUCAGUACCAGGCAGUUAUCCCUCAUCUAGUCCCAGAGCAUGAUCGUUCAAAGCUCAUUAGAUGCUGCUUUGGAUUAGAUCCCCACCUGGUCACAUUUGGUCUGCCUAUCCCACUUAUGUGGACAAGAAGUGAGAAGUUCAGAGAUUUCCGUGAAGCCGUGAUUGAAGAAGAAGAAGAAGGAGAGAGACCUUCAUGCCAUGUUUCCUCGGAACCAGCUGCUAGAAUCAAACCGAGAAGUAUUGUUCUUGCGUUGCCAUGCCAAAAAAACGCAAAGGUAAAGUUCGAGUGGCUCGAUAAGAGCCUGUAUCCGUUCCCUGGGAGUUCAGGUGAAUCUUGGGAAGACGCUGAGCGAGAGAGGUUUCUUCUUGGCCUCUACUUUCUUGGGAAAAACCUUGUCUUGCUGCAGAGAUUCGUUGGAAGCAAAAAGAUGGGAGACAUGCUCUCAUACUAUUACGGCAGCUUUUACAGGUCUAAUGAAUACAAAAGAUGGGUAGAUGGACGCAAGUCCGGGAGAAGCAAAAGGUCUGUUCAAGGCCACAAGUUAUUAACAGGUUGGAGGCAGCAAGAACUGCUCUCUCGGAUCUCCUCUCAUGUAUCCGAGGAGUGCAAGAGUGCGUUGCUUCAGGUAUAUAAAGCAUUUAGAGAAGAUAGGAUUGAACUGGAGGAGUAUGUGUUCAGUUUAAAGAAACUGAUUGGUCUCGAUGUGCUUACCGAAGCGAUUGGUAUAGGUAAAGGCAAGAAAGAUUUGACGUUAGAGGCAAGCAAGUUGAGUAAUCAUGGAGGAGGCUCCAAAGUCCGAAUACGCAAUGAUCUUCCCGUUGCGGAUAUUGUUAAAUUCUUGAAGGGAGAGUACAGGAUGAGCAAGACACGGUCCAGUGACCUCUUCUGGGAAGCUGUUUGGCCACGUUUGUUGGCGAGAGGGUGGCACUCGGAGCAGCCGAAAGAUGGUCCAAAGAACUCUCUUGUUUUUCUAGUACCGGAAGCUGAUAAGUUUUCCAGGAGGAAGAUGUCAAAGGGGAAUCACUACUUCGAUUCUCUCACUGAUGUCUUGAACAAGGUUGCUUUAGAUCCCACGCUUCUUCACCUCAAUACUGAUGAGGAUCCUCCAGGGAGCAAAAAAGAAGAGGAAAUCAAGAAUGAGCCGCCGAUGGAUAUAGAGGAGUUUGAUGAUGAUGAUGAUUCUUCACAAAACAACAGCAAGAAGAAGAAGAAGAAGAAAAGGUACCUAGAACCACGCAUCAAAACAAGUAAAACUCAGGAGGUGACAAUGUUUACUAUUAUGGAUACCAGUGGUAUGGAAGAUGGAUGUAGAUUGAAAGAGCUAAGAUCUUUGCAUAUUGAGACAGGCAAUUCCCCCACAAGUUACUUGAGUGAAUCUGAGGAUUACCAGCUGUCUGAAGAAUCUAAAAAAAAGGAAGAGACAACCGCAGUCAGUAUUAGUUCUGUAAACAUGGACAACUCAGGCACCAUUUCGCUAAAUGAGAGGCUGCAGAAGAACCGGAAACGAGGGAGACCAAGAAACCCAAAGUUGUUACCCAACAGGAGUAGCUUGGCAGAGGACGUGAAGAAGAAACCAGUGAAGAAGAAAGGGACACAGAUGAGACCAAACCCAUCAGAAGCUGAUCAAAAUGUGGUGGUGAUGAGAGAGGAGCAUAUCGAUACUCCGAAACUGUCCUCAACUGGUUCCUCUGCAGAAGAUGAUAGCUCUUGUGGAAGAAAUGAAGGCCGCCAAGGAAGACCUGAAAUCAGAGAGGAUUUCGACUUGAACGUUUCACAAACCUCACUAGAAGGCGAAGAAGCUGUCAUUACAGAGGGGAUGGAUAACAGUGAGAGCUCUCGUGCCCUAAAGCAGUCAUCUAUUCAAAUGGAUGAGGAAAUGCCUGGAGAGAUGCAGGUAAGUGGUCCUGGGCGGAGGCAGAGUACAAGGACCCGACCGUUGACUGCAAAGGCACUGGAAGCUUUUGCUUUCGGGUACCUAGGUAACUCGGAAAAGAAGAAGAGAAAGGCUACGGGGGAGUCCAGAAGAAGAAAGUACACAAAACGCAUCCGUAUAGAACAACAACAAGCCUUAAACCAGGAGGAAUCUAGCAGUUAGAGAUCGAUUUAGUAACAGAAAAUGUUUUGCCUUUUGUUUUUUAUUGAUCAUUGUAACCAAAUGUCAGGGCUGAAAGAAGGCUAUAGAGACAUUUGUACACUUCCAAAAACUUUCCCGGCU